UGAAAUAUUGUCGGCUAGCGUUACUAAGUCGAUGGAAGAAACCGAAGAAACCAAAGCUGAAUCUAAACCUUCGCCGAGCGACGUCACCAAACCAGAAAAAGAAGCUGAAAAGCCAACAGAAGAAAAGAAAGACAAGGAAAAAGAUGAUAAGGAAGAAGAAGAAGAAGCGGGAGAAUACGAAGAAGAUUUUGAUACAGAAUGCGAAGAUGGCGAAUGGGUUGACUAUGAACCGGAAGAUGAAGCCAUCGAUGAAGAAACAACACUUGCGCCGGAGUUUUACGAAUCUGGAGGUUCGACUAUAGAAUCAGAAUCGACCUUGGUAUCAGAAGACUUCAUGGUAAGCGACGAUUCAUCAGCAUACACCGCCCAAUCGUCUGAUCUGUCAAGUCCCGAGACAGGAUCAGGAGAAACGGAAAUAACAGAUUCUUCAAAAUCAUCAGAAAUGCUCUCGACAGAUUCCCUCUCGUCCUCUAGCGAAGGUUCGGGCGAAUCUUCCGAAACUCCAUCAGGUACAACGAGCAGCGAUGGUCUUACGCCUACCAGCGAAGGCACCACCAGCAGCUCAGAAGAUCUCGGCAGCUCAUCUGCCGUUACCGAAGAGGAGUCAUCACCGUCAGGAGAAACCGAGAGCAGUUUAUCGAUGAGCAGUUUAACAGAAAUGCUCAGUUCAGUUGUAUCAACCACAUUAAGUGCGAUAUCGGAAAGCUCAUUCUUUACCACGGAAAUGACAGAUGAGAGCACAACAGACAUAAGCACGAUAACAACGGACACUGAAACCACAGACACCGGAACCACCGACACAGAAACAACCGACAGUCAAACAACUGACACUGAAACAACCGACACUCAAACAACAGACACACCAACAACAGAAACAGAUUCUACGGAGUCUUUCCUGACUACAAUCAUCACCUAUACACCCACGGAUGUUGAAAGCACCAGCGACUUCACUACAGACUUGUCCACAGAAUUUACUUCCGACAGCACAACGGAUUCUUCUACAACAGAAACAGGAAGCGAGAGCACAGAUACAGAAGAAACAUCAGAAUCCUCAACAACAAGUGGCAGUACCAUCGAAGAAUCGUCAUCUCCAUCGGGAAGCACCACGGAAAUAAGUGAAGGCAGUAGCAGCACGGGAGAAAGCGAAGGAAGCACUACUAGUUCCUUCUCAGGGAGCACCACAGAAAUGGAAAGCAGCACAAUGGAGUCGUCUUCAGAAGCCACCUCCGAAGUCUCUGGUUUAACAACAGACUCUUCAGCUACAUCGGAAGAGGUAUCGGGAAGUACAACGGAAGAGGUCUCAGGAAGUUCCGAAGCCUCGUCUGAAAGUGGCGGUACGACAGAAGCAUACAGUAGUACAGAUACAAGUGAAGGAUCGUCUGUCUCAACCGAAAUCUCGGAAGGUAGCUCAGAAAGCGAGACUACUUCAGAAUUCGACGUGUGGUCAUCAUCCACCGAAGGUGACCUGUGGGAAACAACACCUGUCACAGACAUAUUUCUUCGUAAAAUGCGAAAAUGUAGAAGGAAAAAGAAGCCCGACUGUAAAACUAGCAAACACGGUUGCUGUAUUGACCAAAUUACACCAGCCAAAGGACCAUUUAAUAAAGGAUGUCCAGAUGUUAAAACAUGUAACGAAACAACCUACGGUUGUUGCGAAGACGGUGUAUCCGUUGCAAAAGGUAAAAACUUUAAAGGAUGCCCGCCAACUCACUGCGAGCAAUCGUUAUUCGGCUGCUGCCCUGAUAAAAAGACCCCAGCCGAAGGUACGAAUAAAGAAGGUUGUCCCCCUCCACCGCCGAAAUGUCUCAAAUCUAAAUUUGGUUGUUGCCCGGAUAAUGUUACCGAAGCAAAAGACGCUCACGGAAAAGGAUGUAAACGGGAAGAAAAAGAAGAGGAAGGAGUUACAACUACAAUGGUUCCUACUGAAGAACCCGGACCUUGUAACGAGAGCACUUACGGAUGCUGUCCUGAUGGAGUUGAAACAGCCCAAGGAGAAGACUACGAGGGUUGUGAUAUUUUCAGCGAAAACUGCACCGAAUCCUACUUCGGCUGUUGCCCCGAUGGCACUUCCGCCAAAGGACCAAACUACAAGGGUUGCAAAAUGGAAUGUGAAUCAAGUGCUUACGGAUGCUGUGAGGACAGUAUCACUCCUGCUCAUGGUUAUAAUAAGGAAGGGUGUUGUUUAAUAACAUCUUACGGGUGCUGUCCGGACAAUAUUAUACCAGCUCAAGGACCAAAUUUAGAAGGAUGUGGCUGUCAGUAUUCACCGUACGGCUGUUGUCCUGAUAAUUCGACCGCAGCAAGGGGAUACAACAACGAAGGUUGCGGUUGCCAGUACACAGAAUUCGGAUGCUGUCCUGAUAGUUACACUCCUGCAGCAGGUGCAGAGUACCAGGGAUGUCAGUGUCAUACCUUCCAAUUCGGUUGCUGUCCGGAUGGAGUAACUGCAGCUAAAGGGCCCCACAAGCAGGGAUGUGGAUGUCAAAACACCGAAUUCGGAUGUUGCUCAGACGACCAAACGCCAGCAAAGGGACCCAACUACGAAGGAUGUGGCUGCGAUUCUACCAAGUAUGGUUGUUGUUUGGAUGGUGUUACCGAAGCAACUGGCGAAAACUUCGAGGGAUGCGACGAAGUUCUCACAAAACUACAGGACAGCUGCACCCUGAGGAAGGAAAGAGGCUCCUGUAGAAAUUACACGGUCAAAUGGUUCUUCGAUAUGGAAUAUGGUGGAUGUUCACGAUUUUGGUAUGGCGGCUGCGAAGGAAACGAAAACCGUUUCCGUACAAGAGAUGAAUGCCAAGAAAUUUGUGUUGAACCUCAAGGAACGGAUCGUUGUUUGCUGCCUAAAGUAGCAGGUCCUUGUGAAGGAUAUUAUCCCAUGUGGUAUUACGAUACCGAAAGGAAACAAUGCGCCCAAUUUAUUUAUGGCGGUUGCUUAGGAAACAACAAUCGCUUCGAAACACGAGAAGAAUGUUCAGAACUUUGCGUCAGAGACGACUCAGUUGAUGCUUGCGAACAACCGAAAGAAGAGGGACCGUGCAGAGGCCACUACAGACGUUGGUAUUUCAGCAAAGAAAGUCAGACGUGUGAACAGUUCAGAUACGGUGGUUGCAAAGCGAAUAAUAACAAUUUCCCAACGGAAGACGCUUGUAAACAACGGUGUUCAGAACCUGGUAGAAAGAAAGCAAAUGUCAAUGUGGGACAACCCCAACCCCAACCCCCCAACGACUGUCAAAGAUUUUCGGACGAAUGCUCGAGUCUGUUGUGCGAGUAUGGAUGGGAAGAGUUCGUGGACGAAGAGACUGCUUGCCGCAGGUGUAGAUGUCAUGACCCCUGCAGGGACGUACAGUGUGAAGAGGGCACCAGGUGUGCCGUGGACCUCAACGUGAACAGAACCGUAGAAGACGACAGAAACUUUAUUCCCACUUGUAGACCAGUGAAUAAGGAAGGAACAUGUCCACAAUUGAGUGGAGAAGGCGCCAGGUGCGAUCAGGAAUGUAGGGACGACGCGGAUUGCUCGGUAGACCUGAAGUGUUGCUCAACAGGGUGUGGAACCUCCUGUCUGGCACCCCACUCCCCAGGCUUCGAAGUUCCUGCUGAAUUGGUCACCACCGGUUACAGCAACUUACCAGCUUACACCCAAUCACCGAUCCAGGCAGGAUAUUAUCCCCCGGUUAUAGAAGAAGAAACCUUCGAACCAGAAGUAACGGCUGGCGAGGGUGAUUAUGCUACUCUUAAAUGCUCGGUUAGGGGAAACCCAAAUCCGGACAUCACUUGGAAGAAAGGAAAUCUUCUCAUUGAUGGAUCACAACCUCGCUUCCGCAUUUUACUGGAUGGGGUACUUCAAAUUAUCACGCUUCACAAAACUGACUCUGGUGUAUACCUCUGCAUCGCAAAGAAUAAUAUGGGGGAGGUACAGCGAGAAAUUAAACUUGACGUCACAGAUGGUGUAGCUCAUCCGACGUCCAUAAUAAACGAUGAGAAGUCGGACGUGGUGGUGGCAUUAGGGUCAAAAGCGGUCCUCAAUUGUUACGCUAUCGGUUACCCUAUUCCCUUCGUGACCUGGUGGAAAGACAAUAACCUGGUUCCUAUGCACACGAACGAAUUCGCUGGCGGUACCGGCGACUUCUCCUUACUCAUACAAUCAGUACAACUCUCAAACCUGGGGGUGUACACGUGCCAAGCCUACAACGGUAUAGGCAAAGCAACCAGCUGGGCGGUAACUGUCCAAGCAUUAGGGCCCGUUUACAGUACUAGACCAGAAGACGAACAAUACAUGAAAUAUGUCAUUCCGGCACCAGAACCAUCGACUACCACCGAAAGACCUCGAUUUCAAAGACCAGUUUAUUAUCCCAGGCCCAUACCUACACCUGAACCAUACAUCCCGCCACCUUAUGAGGAACCCUCUCCUGAUAUAACCGGCAAUGACAUAGCACCCCAACUUCCACCUGUUAUGGAACCUUCUCAAGGAUACACGGUGCCUGUAAGGACUAACGUCACAUCCGAAAAACAACAUUUCCCGUUAGGAAGUGAUGUUACCCUAAAUUGCAACGUGGAAGGUUACCCUGUUCCGCAAGUACAAUGGUACAAAGAUGGUCAGCCCAUUCAGCAAACGGACAAACUUUAUAUUUCCGAUAACCACGUUCUUUAUAUACGAGGAAUAGACCAGAAUGAUACUGGUGAUUAUGCAUGCGAAGCAGUGAAUCAGUUUUCACGAUCACGAAGCACUCUGAAGAUCACCGUUGAAGGUUUGAAUUUACAUCCAAACUGUACCGAUAAUCAGUUCUUUGCCAAUUGCCAGCUGAUCGUGAGGGCGAAGUAUUGUUCCCACAAAUAUUAUGCCCGAUUCUGCUGUAAAUCUUGUACACAGGCGGGAUUGUUACCAGUUUACGGGCCCCAUUUGUUCACGAAUGACAAACAAACUGCUCUCAGAAGUAACUUAGUGAGAAGGAAAUAAUAAGGACAUUUUUUAUGCUACUAGUCUUAUUUAAUUUAAAAAUAUUUCCUAAGGAAAACUUAUGUUAUGUUAUCUUCCCUUCUGAAAUCUUGCAAUAUAUUUGAUUUUGAUGUUUUCUUACAAAUUAUUCUUAAACAAUUUCAUUCUAAUUAUAAAAAGUCACUCUUCUUUUAAUUCAUUAAAAUCUCCAUACCUCUAGGUAAUUAUUACCUUAAUGAAUUGAGAGUUCCUUAGUAUGUAACUACUGCUACAAAAAAAUCACAUUUUUGUAAUUCUUAAGAUGAUUUUUUUUGCCAACUACCAAUUUGGCAGAUGUAAGAACAAGCAUGUAAAUAUAUCCUAUCAUUAAUAAUAACAUUAGUAAAUUAAUAUGUAGUAAAAAGUUUGUG